UCAGAAGUCUCCAUCGUCAUAAACACGAAGUCCUGCUCAUAAGCACAAAGGCAGUUUCUACUGCAGUUGACUCCAACAAAAAAAAAAAAAAUGAAGUCAAGUCUUGCUCCGUCAUCCACUCCAACCAACCAUGGGCUAACCACAUGAUUGAAAAAAAUGGUCCCUUUUCAGCUUCAGUGCCAACAGACGCAAAACAAAACUUCCAAACUAAUUUCCAAUCUCAACUCGCCGGAUCCGACCUUGUAAUUUCCGCCGGCAAAAAUGUCCGACGCAUUUGCACCGACAAACGUCGAACCUCCGGAACCGAGUUCAGCUCCGGAACCGAUUCCAGAUACGUCGCUCCCUCCGUCCAGCACGACGCAGACCGGCAUACCUCUGACGCCGCUACCGACAGCUCCGGAACCGUUUGAGUCGCCGCCGCCACCGCCACCGCCACCGCAGUCACCGCCAUCACAGCCUCCGGAACCGAUUACAGCUACGUCGCCCGCUCCGUCCAGCACGACGCAGACCGGCAUACCACCGACGCCGCUACCGACAGCUCCGGAACCGUUUGAGUCUCCACCGCCGUCGCCGCCGCUGCUGCCGUCGCCGCCGCCGUCGCCGGUGGGGAUGAUAGUGGGGAUUGGGAUAGGAGGGAUGUGCAUGUUGGUCGCGGUGGGAGUUUUCUUCAUUUUUUACAGAAAGUGGAAGAGGAAGAAGAUGAGAGAGCAAGGAUUCGAGAAUAAUUACAGUUCUCAAGGAGGUCCUCCAUUACAGGACCCCAAGACCAAGAAUGGACCUUCAGGUGGCCUACCUCAGCAGCUGCAGCAUAAUCGUCCACCAGAUGACACCAAAGCAGCAAUAAAUCCCAUCACUAGCCCUGCCGUAGAAUUCAUACCAAGUUACCCACCACCGUCAGCAAGCAACACCUCAGGCUCCGAGAAACCACCUUCAUCACCAUCUCCUGCCAUCGCCUUUGGACUUUCACAAAGUGGAUUUACAUAUGAAGAAUUGGCGAAGGCAACGGAGAAUUUCUUGUCUACUAAUCUCCUCGGGGAAGGCGGUUUUGGUUACGUCCAUAAAGGGGUCCUUCCAAAUGGGAAGGUGGUUGCAGUUAAGCAGCUAAAAGCCGGGAGUGGGCAGGGGGAGCGCGAAUUUCGGGCUGAGGUGGAAGUCAUUGGCCGCAUACAUCAUAGACAUCUUGUUUCACUGGUUGGAUACUGUGUCAGUGGGGCUCGGAAAAUGCUUGUCUAUGAGUUUGUUCCAAACAACACAUUGGAAUUUCAUCUUCAUGGAAAAGGGAGACCAACAAUGGAUUGGCCAACCAGAAUGAAAAUAGCUCAAGGCUCUGCAAAAGGACUGGCAUAUAUGCACGAGGACUGUCAGCCUAAGAUCAUACACAGGGACAUCAAAGCGGCAAAUAUCCUUCUCGAUGAUGACUUUGAGGCAAAGGUUGCAGAUUUUGGACUAGCCAAGUUUUCUUUCGAUACAGAUACUCACGUCUCCACUAGAGUUAUGGGCACUUUUGGUUACUUAGCUCCAGAAUAUGCAUCUAGUGGAAAGCUUACUGAGAAGUCAGAUGUCUUCUCCUUUGGAGUUGUGCUUUUGGAGUUGAUUACUGGUCGGCGACCCAUCAAUAAAACUUAUUCCAUUGCAGAUGAUAGUAUGGUUGAGUGGGCAAGGCCUUUGCUCAUGCAAGCACUGGACAAGGGUAAUUUCGAUGGUAUUGUUGAUACCCAGUUGCAGAAUGACUACAGCUCUGAUGAAAUGACUCGGAUGGUUGCUUGUGCUGCUGCUUGUGUGCGUCAUUCAGCCCGGCUUCGGCCACGAAUGAGUCAGAUACUUCGAGCUCUGGAAGGAAACAUUCCUCUGGCUAAUUUGAGUGAAGGAAUUAAACCUGGUCAUAGCACAAUAUACAGUUCCUUUGGAAGCCAAGACUACAACUCCAGCCAAUACAAGGACUUGAAGAAUUUCAGAAGACUGGCCCUAGAAAGCCAAGAGCAUGGCACAAGUGAGCACAGUGGGGCAAGCACCGAGUCUGGUGGCCUGCACCCAUCAGCCUCGAGUACAAGCGAAAGUCGACAAACUACCGAAGAGAUUGAACCACAGAAAACAAAAAAAGACACCCAAGCUUUCACCAAAAACUCAUGAAUCUCCUUCAGCUUCAGGUUCCUUAAGAAAUUCAUCCAUUUUUCCGACAUCAUUUAACAUCUUGCCUCCUUUGCAUAGCCUUUCUCAGUCCCGUAUUGGGACUAACAAAUUCCAAGUUGGAACAAGCUUAGCAUUUUUAUUGGAGCGUUGUAGAAAUGUUGUGUGACGAAUAUAGAAUUUAUUUGGCUUGCUUAAUAUAGAAAUUUUUUUCCUGUAAAGGAAUAGAUUCUUCAAAUGUUUGAAUUGGAUUGCAUGUGUCUAAUGUAAUAGACCACAAUUUGUUUUCUCGUAUGCAUAUACGUGUAAUUUAUUUAUUUU